AUGCUUCCUGCCGUGGUCGUUUUGGUCAUCUUCUUCCCCACCCUUUCUUCUGCCACUUCACGAAUCCCUCUGGGGUCGAAGCUCACCGCCGCGAAAGGUAAUCACUGGGUCUCCGCCAAUGGCCGCUUCGCACUGGGGUUCUUCAACCUCUCCGACCGGCCUGACCGAUACGGCGUCGGGAUUCAGUUCAACUCGCCUUCGAUCCCCGCCAGCGAGAGGACCGUGGUCUGGGCCGCCGGCGCCGACGUGUCCGUGGGGGUCAACUCCUAUCUCCUCCUCACAGAGGCCGGGGAGCUGGUCCUCUUCGACUCUUCCGAAGGGAUCAUCGCGUGGACAAGCAACACCAGCCACUCCGCAGUCUCCUCCGGCGAGCUUCUCGACGACGGGAACUUCGUCCUCGUAAACAAAAACCAUGGGAUCGUCUGGCAGAGCUUCGACACCCCUUCCGACACUCUCCUCCCCGGCCAGAUUCUCACCUCCUCGCAGACCCUGCGCGCCGCCGGCAGGAACUCCGUCGCCAGCUACUACACCUUCUCCAUAGACGCCGACGGUCGGAUGAAGCUCCGCUGGGAGACGAACGUCACCUACUGGAAGACCGAAGCUCCACAUGCAGAGCCGCCGUUCGUCGCCAUGUUCACCAACGACGGUUCCCUGCAACUCCUCGAUCGGAGCUUGACGCCGGUGUGGUCGACGUUUGGAGACGACCACGGGGAUUCUUCCGUCGUCUUCCGAUUUAUUAGGCUGGACGUCGACGGUAACCUCCGGAUGUACUCGCUGACGAGGAGAUCCAGCUCGUGGACGUCUGUUUGGCAAGCGUUGCAGAACCAGUGCGACGUCUUCGCCACCUGCGGCCUCCACGGUCUCUGUUUCUUCAACACGUCGAGCAUGGCCAGUUGCAAAUGCCCGUUUGGAGAAGCUCCUGGUUCGAGCUCCACCUGCUUGGCACCCUACAGGAAGAACUGCGGUCACGGUGCCACCAUGGUUAUCCUCAAGCACACGUUUCUGUACGGAGUCUACCCGCCGGAGGAAGCUUCAACCCGGGUGAGCAUGGAGGAGUGCAGGAGAUCUUGCUUGAAGGACCCCUACUGCACUUCUGCUACUUCAACCAACGACGGUGAAGCCUGGUGCCUGAUGAAGAGGACCCCCUUCAUAACAGGCUAUCAAGAUCCCUCUCUGUCGUCCCUCUCCUUCGUCAAGAUCUGCCUGGAUCCUGUCGCCGUUAUACUGCCCGGAAGCCGUUCGAGAUCUUCCUCACCUUCGCCGCCAUCUUCGCCGGCGAGCGGAGCUCCGCGGCCAUUGUGCACCUCCUGCCUCGCCGCGGCAGCCUCUGCCGCAUUCUUCGCCCUGUUCUUAAUCCAGCUCGGUCUUGCAGUCUGGUUCAUGAGGAGGAGGAGGAGAGCAGCAGAAACCAGCAGAGCUUCCCUUAAGCUGCGCGUGGGUUCAGUAGGGUUGAUUCCUUUGUCGCUCUCGGAGAUCAGGAGCCUGAGCAGCGACUUCAAACACCGGCUGGGGCCGAACACCUACAGGGGUGUUCUCCCAGACAAGAAGGCUGUGGUGAUCAGGGAGUUGAAGGACCUCGCAGAGAGCUCGGAAACAGUCGAUGGGAGGCAUUUCCAGAGAUGGAUUUCGAUUCUGGGCGUUGUUCACCACAGGAAUCUGGCCAAGCUGGAGGGUUACUGCUGCAAGUCCGAGCGGAGGUUCCUGGUCUACGAAUCCGCCAAGAAUGGCUCCGUCGAUAGGUGGAGGACGGACCCCAGGCUGAGCAGGAAGCUCACCUGGGACAGGAGAAUGGAGAUCUGCAGAGGUGUGGCGAGGGCUCUCUCAUACUUGCACUUGGAGUGCAGGGAGUUCAUCAGCCAUGGGAACCUGAGCUGGAGCAACGUGCUUUUGGACGGAGACAUGGAGGCGAAGGUGACGGAUUACGGACUCUGUGCGCUCCGCCGCCGCGGCAGCGGUGGCGCCGCCGAGGAAGAUGUGGCCAGGUUCGGGGAGAUGGUGCUGAUGCUGGUGACUGGGAAGGAGCCCUGCUCUGUUUACGAGGAAUGGGCGAAGGGGCUCGCAGAGGACGUGGUGGACUCCGCCAUGGGAGGGCGGAUGGAUCCCCAGGAAGCGGAACGAGCUCUGAGGGUGGCGUUUUGGUGCAUUCAACCAGACGAGCGGCUCAGACCCGCCAUGGGAGAGGUUGCCAAGGUGCUGGACGGCUCGCUUCCUGUGGAUCCUCCGCCGCCGCCACCGGCCCAGCAUCAGCAGCUGGAAUGUCCGACUGUAGUGCCCUUCUAA